AUGGACUUCGUCAGCAUCCAGCAGUUGGUGAGGACGUGGAGCGGAGGCCGGGCAGUGGUCUGGGCACCCCCAGACCGCCUCAGCAGAAUGCGGAGGUCGGGCAGCUCCUUUCUGGUGCCUGAGGAGGUUUUAGGAGUAGAAACCUUGGAGAGAGUCCAAAGGAAAGAAUUAGGACGUGGACAUGGAGUGUCUGCCUGGAGGCUGGGGCCCCAGGAGGCCGAGGCCCGGGAGCGGCAGGAACUAGACAGGAGAGGAGGCGACUUGAUUGAAAGAUUCAGCAGUCCCAGAGCUCACUUGGAGAGCCUGGCUGACCUGGAAACGUUGGUUCGAAGACGGAGAGAAAAGCGACUGAAACGCGGAGUCCCGGCCAGGGCACCCGAGCCUGAGGUCAAGCCGCAGCCCCUGGCCCAGCUGGAGCCCGUGGGCCUGGAGGCGUUCCUGAAGGCAGCUGCUGAGAACCAGGAGGCCCUGACUGACAAGUACCUGACCGACAGAGUGGACCCCAAUGCCCACGACAAGCUCCACCGCACGGCCUGGCACUGGGCCCGUCCGAAAGGUCACAGGCAGCGUGCCACCGUGGACGCUCGGGACUUGCCGGACGGGACCCCUGUGUUCUGGGCCUGCCGCGGAGGGCACCUGGACAUCCUCAAACAGCUGCUUAACCGGGGCACCCGGGUCAAUGCCCAGGCCCAGAUCUGGAGCACACCCCGGCACGUGGCCGUGCGCGGCAACUGCCUGGAACGCCUUGCCUGCGGGGCCCGCGCUGACGCACAGGACAAGGAAGGGGACGCGGCUCUGCACGAGGCGGUGCGGCCUGGCCACCACAGAGCCAUGAAGGUGCUCUACGGGGCCGGGCUGGGCGUGAGAAUGCGGUGAGCAAGCGGGGCUUCCGUGACUCCGGUGUAGCUGGCCCAGGGCUGGCAGUGGGGCAUCCGGGAAGCACUGCAGGCCCACGUGGGGCACCCCCAUGCCCGGUGCCGACAGCAGCCGAUCCUUGGGGCCACUCGCAGCCACCAUUCCAUCCCGUCAUCUCCGCCCCCGUGCCACUCACGCAUCUCACCCGCUUGGUCCUCCCUCGGUCACGACUCCCCGCGCUCAGGGCUGAUUCCGCACCUCCAGGCAGCCCUGUCAGACCAGCCUCCCUGGCUUCCAGUCCCAGGCUGAGCCGGUCCCCGCCGGGGCGCGAGCUGGGGGCUGACGCAGAGGACCCGGGGGUGGCAGGCGGGUGCAGGAAACAAAGCGGGUCCAGACGAGGGGCAGCGGAGGAGCCUGGGGGCCCAGGACGGAGCAGCACGGGAACAGCCUCGAGCCCCCUGGGGCCGGUGCCAGGGCUCCUCGGUGCCCGCUGGUCCCUGGUCCAGGAGGUGGCCAGGCUCUGCCCUCCACCAGGGCCCUCCUGCCACCAGGUGGCGACUCGGUGCACGGCCAGCAGCAGACGCCCUUGGGUGCGGGGUUCGCCGGAGGCCUCCGUGCCUGGCGGGUCUGGCCGUCUGCAGGGGGCUGCUGGACGGCUUUGAGCACCCCUGCACAGAAGGCGAGCCCCAGCCUGCUUGCCUCAGAAGCCCCAAGGCCGACGAGCUGGAGCUGUUUAUUUUAGGGAAACGUUGUGUCCUCUGGCGAAGGCUUCGGACAGGCCUGCCCACUGCCCUCUGGUUGGCCGUCUGGUGGCUCCCCUUGUAGGGGGAUGCGCCUGGGUGCUGGGGAUUGCUUGUGGCCCGCUCAACUUUUGGGGUGGUGGCCUGUAACCCUACCCUGCCUCGGCGCUGACGUCACCCCAGCCCUGGUGCCAGAGUGCGUGCUCUCAGCUGGCCCCUGCAGCCGUGGCCGUGCUGC